GAAAUAUAAACGUACGACACCACUCUCUAGAAACUGGCAGCUAAAUCUUCCUCUAACGAAGGCUAAUAAGCCUAAAAAGCCCUCCCAACACAAUCAUUUAAAGAAGGUUUCUUGAUAAACUCAACCUCAUAAUCCUGUUUUCUUCUCGGUUAAUCCCCCUUUCUCUCUCUAUCUUGGAAAAUCAAUCAUAUCCCACAUUUGAUUUUCCACAAUCUCUUCACAUUUAUAGGGAUCUGGGUCUCCUUUGCUUUCUCGAAACAAACAGCCGUCACCUUUUUCUUUGGAUUCUCUCUCGCAACCAUUCAGAGUUACGGUCCAGCUCAGAGUCUUACUUUCUGACUCAGAUCUUGAAAUGGGUAACCGCUGAUCGGAAUCAACUCGACCAAUUGGAGGUGACAGUCCCACUCCGAGUCAAUUGCAGGGUGACCCAGACCGAGAAAUGGGUGAUUUGAUUUGAUUGUUACUACCUCUGUUGCACUCUGUUCUUGAGAUGAAAACAGAGUAGGGCUUCUGGUUCUUGAUUUUGAUCUUGUUGAAGUUCGAGGGAUUGCGUAUGGGUCAUCCGAUGGUGCAGAGGGUUUGUAGUAGGAGAGGUUUGAGGAUGGUUUUGGCUAUGGCGGGGGUGUGUUUGGUUGGCUGCGUUGUUGUAGGUUCGCCAUUGUUGUGGUUCUUGAGGAAGGGGAGUUGGAAAGAUGAAGCUCCGUGUAGUUCCUGUUCUUGUGAUUGUUCUUCAGAUACUGCUCUGUUUUUUCCAUUCGGAGCUGGCAUUGACAACACCUCCUUUAAAGACUGUGGAACAGAUGAUCCAGAGAUGAAAGAAGAAAUGAGAAAAGAUAUGGUUGCAUUACUAUCAGAAGAGAUUAAUUUACAGAGAAUGGUUACAAAUGAAACCUUACAGCACACCAGAGCGUUAACCAUGGAUGCCAAGUUGGUCUCCUCCCAUUACCAGAAAGAAGCAUCAAAGUGCAUUGCUGGAAUGGAGAUUUGUGAGGAAGCAAGAGAAAGGGCAGAAGCAGAGCUUGCACAGGAACGUAAGCUUUCAGCAGUUUGGGAGAGAAGAGCUCGAGAACUUGGUUGGAAAAGUAACAGAACAGCUUAUACAUAAAUAUAUAUAAAUAAUGAUAUAAUAUAUAUAGAUUUUGUUGUUUUAUUCAGUUGAUGCUAAGCUUUAGAAUAAAGCUUCUCCUGUGAAUACAAAAUUUCAGAGUUUUCACUGCUUA